AGGCCGAGGAGAGGACAAAGGAAUUUCCAUUUAUCAGACCAGCUCAGGGAGGAGCGCAUGCUCCCUCUGGUAACCGUAAGGAAAAUGUUCUGGUAGACGAGGCAGAAGUUACUGUACUUGCACUCUCCCAGGACAACGAACGUACGACGAAAUUAAUAAGGGAAUAACGCCGUCGGGCAGCUCUCAUCUUUCACUGCGCCACAAGCACUUCGCGCUCCAGAGAGCAAGACCUGUUUAAGCGGUGGUCGUGUCCAGCAACUAGUUACGCAGCAGUCCUCGUUGCAAGCGCUUGUUGCUUCGUGCCGGGGUUGUUUCUGGUACAACAACACGCAGGGAGCUACAGGUACACCUUUAUUGUGCAGCGUGAGAACGUCGAGUGUCUCGCGAAGCGCGGAGGCAUUUGAACUGCCGCGCUCUGAUUCUUGUCGCGGGUGUACUACUAGUACCAGAAUCGAAGCGAGAAGAACACCACUACGCGCAAGAGUGCGACGUAACACGCUCGGAAGAGAACAAGAAUCUUCGGAGCACCUUUGUUCGCUUCUGACCAAAGGUGGCGCGGACGGCCGAAAACAAGAAGAAUUUUGUUGAACAAGAUCACGCUUUCUUUUCCCGCACAAAGCAGAGGCCGACCUUCCCAGAGGACCAAUCUGUAGUCGCCAGCAAUCCGUCGUGCGUCGACGCCGCCGGAAUAGGCCAGCAAAAGUUUUCUCAGUCAACACACAGAGUAGAAGCAGAAGCCCAGCACCAGAGGAAGUACAGUAAAUAAUCUUCCCACAUAGUAAGUUGAGAUCCAGAUCUUCCUAAAGAGGGGACCGCUGCAGGACCGACGGUCAGACGAUCUAUUUCUUGAGACGCAGCAGGCCCACCAAGACAUCCACCACGCGACAACACCUAGAAAACCUGCAAAAAGACUACAGCAGUGAAGAUGGGGAAGAAAGGGAAGGGAAAGAAACUCUCCCCGGAGGAGAAGGCUCGGGAGGAGGCCCUCCUCGCCGAGGCUGCGGAAAAGAAGGAGCUCCAGUUGAAUACGCAUUGCAAAAUUCUCGUUCGUAGUAUAAAUUGCAUCACAAGUUUUUUCAUCAAAAACUACAAACACGCAAUUUGUCAUGCUAAAGCAGGUCGAAGGUUACUUAGUUCAGUUUUGUCAUGCACGCUUGCAAUUAGUACGAACACGACACUUGAACUUUUGCAAUGCAUAUUGAAGGCGAAAAGGCUCAAGGCAGAAUGCGAGGGCGAGGAGCGGCUGUACAACACGUUUUUGCAGGAGCGGGAGAAGGUCAACUACUUCUGGAUUGUGGAGAAGAAAACCCUGGCCGAGAAGCAGGCCGACCUGCGAAAUCAAGAGAGGCAACUGCAGGACCAGGAGGAGAGACACCAAAUCGAAUUGAAGAUGUUCCAACAGAGACUGAAGCACUUAAGGUAGAAGUUUUACAUAUGUGGAUGUGGUGACUUGCUGCACCUGUAUUCGCUUGUUUGUUGCGCCUCUGGGGAGUUGUUGAGUUGAUGACUAGGCAUUGACCUUGUUGUGGAUUCUCGUCAUGUUGCUAAUUCGUAUCUUGAGAGGCAAGUCGGUGGUAACCAGAGUAAUAAAUUCAUAAUCUUCUCUAUGUCUCAGGUAUCACGAGCAGGAUGAAGUAGUAGAGCUGAAGCAGCAGAACGAAUACAAGCUCAAACUGCAGGAGGACAGGCAUCGACUCGCGGAGGGGGAAGUCCGAAAAGACAAGGGAGCGGUGAAAAAGGAAGUAAGAACACAAGAAGUCCAAGUCGAAGAAUACAUCCGUAUUGAAUAUUUAUCGAGUUUAGCUUCAAAUCAACACGUCUUGUUCUGCAUGUUCACUUUUUUGCGAUAAAAAUGCAAUCCGUAUAAAACACAACAGUGGUUGUUAGUUUGAUCAUCCAAACCCAUCCGCAUCCCCUCCACACAACGACCAGGUUCCCUGAAGUUGCAGCAAGACGCGAAGAUCCAACAGCUCCGGCUCGAGUUCGACGCCAAGGCGCGGGAUUUGCAGGCGCACGCCGCACAGAAGAUGAAGUCCGUAAGGGACGAGAUGGAAAAGCAGCGGCAGCAGGAAAAGACCGGGCUAGAGGACGCCACCAACGCGCAUAUCGCGAGGUGUAUGGCGCAAAACGCCAAGGAUUUCCACGAAAUCAAACUCUACUACGGAGACAUCACGUCGUCCAACUUGGAGUUGAUAAAAAGGUACCAAAUGUUUGUGAAAAAACAAAGAACACUAGUUUGGUAUUGAUUUCGGAAAAAUUCGCUGCUGCGCUAGUUCGUGUGGAAGAAGGACUGGGACGGUGCUUUUAUCGGAAUACACACACUAAAUGCACGAGGGGAGUAGAUGCAUGUAAAAAAGUUGAUGCGCAUGUUGCUGAGAAAAAAAAUUCGCAGGCUAAAGGAGGAGCACGCAGAGUUGAAGAAGCGGGAGUCCUCGGAUGCGAAGCAAAUGUACGACUUGCAACAGAAAAACAAGCAACUGGCAGAGCCGUUGAAGAAAGCGCAGCAGGACGUGGAGAGGCUACAGGAAGAAGCGCAGUUGUAUGCGCAGGACAAGAAGCGCUUGGCAAACGUGAAGGCAAAGAUAAAGGAUCAGGAGACGCAAUUGAACACUAGGGCGUUCCAGAGCGAGGUACUUAUGCUAAAUUACUGUUUGCUCCUGUCAUGCAAAUUCAUACUACUCGACGGACGGGUCGAUUUCGUUUCCGUUUGCUGCUGUUACCGAUCCUGGCGCAUCAAGACAGAUACAGAUUGUCUCCCAUUAAUAAAUCAGGUCUUGCUGCAGCAGACGGAGCGGGUAGAAAGGGAGCGCGACGAGCUGUACCAUAAAUUCAGUGACUGCAUCUACAAAGUGCAACAGCGAACGGGCUUGAAAAACCUGCUACUCGAGAAAAAGCUCUCCACCCUUGGCGAGCAACUGGAGAUUACAGACGCGGAGGUACAACUGCGAUCGAUAUUUUGCGAGAAUCUGUGAGCGAUCUUUCUCCUUCGUACGCAUGUCAUGGCUUCUUCUUUUGUUUUCUGCUCGAAAUUAAGUAAUACCGCAAGUGAGUCACUACAUUCGAGUAAAUGAAUUUGAUGACAGACUGUUGCAAAUGCGAACCUGUUCUUCAACUUUCAGGUGUCCGAGCUUAUUGCUUCCGCACAAGGCGCACCCGGGGUCGCAUCCAAGAUGGAGGAUUUGGUCCGACAUAAGAACGAACAAAUCGCGUCGCUGCACACUGAGGUACUUACUACGAACCUUCCGUUGACAAGGAGCCAUUCUCUUCUUGAUGCAAGAGCAAGCGUAGAAAGACAAAGAUUCCUUUCGUUUUCGAACCUCUCAUACACGGACUCCGCGCGAGUAGUACUAGUUCUCUUCUUUUGUGUCUGUUCCUAAUUCCGGACCUUUUAUUUACCCGAAAAACCAAAACUAACAGCUUCAGCGGGUACGGGAUGCGCACCACACGAUGACGAACUCGUACGGGUCGAAACUUGCCGCUCACGGCGUGCCUGUAGAGGAGCUUGGCUUUGUUCCAGCAUGAGAAAUUGAUUUAGAACUACUCGCGGCUCUUUCGCGAGAAAUCAAAUCGAUCUCAGUCCGAUUCGUUGUCCGCAAAGUAAAUCUAAAUUAAAUCGUCCACUCUUUUAUCAGCAAUAAACAAGUCUCAUGCAAGAUAGUGACACUGGUUAAUAUUCUUUUAUUUACACACUCACGACCAGCUGCCCUCUGUUCGUAGGAGGUCAACAAGGUCGGAAAAGAGCAGUACUACACGAUAGUACUGCUCUCAGUAAUACGGAGUUUUGAAUUUGGCUUGAUUUCACAAGAGAAGUUUUGAAACAGAGCAUACAGGCUGGGGAAACUCAUCUAUCAUUUGUGCUCCAAGUCGUGCUCUGUUCGUGGCUGCGAGAUGAACCGAGUUAGAAGUAACUUCAACACAACUCUUGUACCGACAGAAAAUGAUCUGCUUAGCUCUUUUACGAAACCUCUCAGCUCUGUCGAAGCUCGGGCUUCGGAAUUCUUGUAAAAUGAAUUUUGACAAGAACUUCACAAUCAGGACGCGGCUUGUGCGUGCGCAAUGCCAGCGUAGACAGGUGCUCUCCUGUCUUGUGAAU